UACGAUGGUUUGAUUGCGUCUAUUACUCUUGCGGGCAGCAUCGUUUCUAGCGUGUCCACGGCGUGCGUGUUGACCUGUUUCGUCAUUUACCGUCGAGAUCAGCGGUCUUUUCGUCAUGCCUUGGUGUUGAAUUUGGCGCUGUCAGAUUUCAUCAACUCAUUCACCAAUUCCAUAUCGGGCAUCAUCUAUGUCCGCAACCACCGGCUCGUCCCAGGUCAUGCAUGCACCUUCAAUGGCUGGAUAGAACAGCUUUCGGUCCAGGCGACUGACUUCUCCAUCCUCGCCAUCGGCUUGGCUACAUUGCUCGUAGUGGUUGGAAAGGGGCACUUGUCUCAAGCUUCGACAGCCAGAAAAGCUCUGAUUUGUUUGUCGGUGUGGAUUGUGCCGUUCAUCACCAGUACCACCGUCACGGCCAUGGGCGAGGUAAAGCCAGUUAGUGGGAACUGGUGCUGGAUCUCGCAAAAACGCACGGAUUUGCGUUAUGGGCUCACUCACGGCUGGCGUAUAGUGAUUAUACUCGUCACUAUCGGCACCUAUACAUAUAUCUGGUGGUAUAUGCAUCGGCACUUCAAGUCUAUGGGCUCCACACUCAGUGUGUCGAAUAAGGAGAACAGGGGUGAAGCCGUUCCGGUUUCCUCAGAAUCGUUGGGCUUGGAACCAACUGGCCAGGUCAGGAUGACGUUUGACAUUUCGGCCAACAGCGAGACCCAUCUUCCGGUCACUCCUAAUAACAGCCCAAGACCGACAUCCAGUGGAGGAGGUACAAGCCUCGAUACACCACAGUACACCCACGACAGCUACCCAACCAGCGCCCCGUCGUCUAAGUCCGGCCGCGAUCCGUUCUUGACGAGGAAGUUUUCAAAAUGGUCGUCUCAAGACAGCGACCCGAACAAUACUGUUCUCACCACCAUCAACAACGACCACCUUCGUCGCCAAUCGAGGCAGGCCGAACGGGACAUCAGGCGUAUGCUAUUGCUCAACGGGUACCCCAUCAUGUACGUUAUCCUGUGGGUCCCGAGUUUGGUAAACCGGGUCAUGGAGGCCACGGGACAGACGUCAUCGAGCAACGUUCUGGCCAUUUUGCAGUGCCCACCACAGUACGUGGGAUUUGCGAAUGCGAUUACGUAUGGUCUGAAUUUGUUCUGGAGGGAUAGGUUG